UCCGUGGAUCUGCCAAUGAUGAUGGCGAAAUAUGAGGUAAUAGUAACAAAGCAACGAAGUAAAAUAUAACUAUUUAUUAUAAACAGUUCAGAUUUGCAACUACGACUAAAGGAACUCUCUAAAAAUUCUUCUUUAAAGUUCGUCUUUAUUUGAAGCAUUAUAAGGCUGAAAUUUAAUUGAAUCUCUAUCUCUUUGUGGUACAGGAUACAGGGAUGAGUAUUUAACCUUAUAAACAGUAAGGUAAAAAUAGAAUUAACCCUCCACGACGCGUGCGCUUAUAUAUUUUUAGAACGGGAGGCCACGCACAGCCGGUGGAAACAUUCAAACAAAUCUUCCAUACUGUUCAGACGCACUUUUACCAUUAAAUUUUAUGUUAGCUAGUUGGAGAAGAACCAAUUUUUAUUUAGGUUAUAACAAUAGUAAACAUUAAGGUCAACGAUCUUGAAUUGGGUGUGCGAAUUUAGAACUAAAAAUAUUAACCAUGACUAACGUUGACUGUAAAUUGUGAAAUUCAUUCACCCUAGUGAACUUCCCGUGGACAUUCCUAGUCUUGGUGAGACGUGUUUGUGAUCCGUGAAAACGAAACGAAAUAUAAGGUGUGAGAAAUGACCCGUGGGCCAACGAUAGUGCGUGUGGCGCCUAGCGCUGGACACAGCGGGGGAGGUGUUAAGUGCUGCUGCUGUCGCUGCUGUGAAUGCAUCAACUUCGGAUAUCUGACGUCACAGCACGGCAUUAUUAAACUAGCUGAAGCCAUGUUAGGUGGCCUUUGUCAAAGUUUGCUUGUGAAGUACGGUAUGUCGGAAGCCAGUGCUAUGGGCUCCGCGUUCCAUAGCUUUCUUACCACAGCAUCAGCGUGCCUCCUUACCACGUCGCUUCUCAUUGCCUGCUACGUACUCUCUUCUAACUCACAACAAUUGAUACGACAAUCCAUAUUCGAAUUCGUGUUUAAUGCUGUAGCGUGCUUCUUGUAUUUGUCAGCCUCCUCGUACAUGGGUGUUGCUGUCAACAUAUAUUUAUACCCGAAAUAUUUAUUUACUACUAUGUACGCUGCAUAUCCUGCAAUGACUGCCGUAUACUACAUUGGCGUUGUAGUGGGCAUUGUGCACGGCGUCGACGCCUACAUAUCGUAUAAGUACCAUAAAGGUAUUCGAUAAGUUUUACAGUGGGUUUCCACUGUUGAACCACAUGUAUAAAACAUGUCGUUCUCAUAGUCUACGGAAAAAAAAACAACAUGUUUUAAUACAAGUAUUAAAGGAGCGGAAUGAUAAAAACUUGAUGUCACUCGUUUAUUUGCAUCGUUAUUUCAUUCCCUGUUUUAUGUUUUAAAUUUUUAUUAUUAAAGUCAUGUAUUAAAUGUAACCAAACUUUAAAAGUUGUAUUCUUAAUUUACUUAUCUAUAUGUUUUGAUUAACUUAAUAAGUUACCAAUGUAUGUUAAGAUAUAGACAAUGUAUCCAUAAAUUAUGUGGAUACAGUAAGCAUUUAGGGCCUGUCCCACCAAAUUGUAAAUUGUCUGAUAACAAUCCAUGUAAAAUAUGUGAUGGAAAUAUAGGAUAUUGUUCCCUUAUAUGACAGUGUCGUCAUUUUUAAGCCAUCUGAACCUCUACCAGCCAGUGGUGGGACAGGCCCUUUUUAUUAUUAGUAUUUUUAUUAUUAGGAACAGUCCUUUAAAA